UUAUCUUGAUCAGUACUCCACAACCUACCUCUGACACCUUUUAUUCAAUCACGGGCGUGAUUUUCUUUAUUGUUUCACACAUCGUCUUCAAAAACUGAGCAAGACUAAACCGGAAGUAACCGGAAGCAACCAUGUUCAUCAAACUCAUAUUCUUCUGUCUCCUCCUCCUCCUCUCUCAAACCUCGAGAUCUUCUUCUCAGAUCCUCACCUACAAUGGCUUCAACCCUCCGACAGACAUCUCCCUCCAAGGCCUCGCCACAGUAACACCCAACGGUCUCCUAAAGCUAACCAACACAACCGUACAAAAAACCGGGCACGCCUUCUACACCAAACCGAUCCGGUUCAAAGAAUCAUCAUCACCAAACGCCACCGUCUCUUCCUUCUCCACCACCUUCGUCUUCGCCAUAUACUCCCAGAUCCCAACUCUGAGCGGCCACGGGAUCGCUUUCGUCGUAGCUCCGUCCCCGGGUCUCCCUUCCGCUCUUCCCAGCCAGUACAUCGGCCUCUUCAACAGCUCCAACAACGGCAACGACACGAACCACGUCUUCGCAGUGGAGUUCGACACGAUCCAGAGCAACGAGUUCGGAGAUCCGAACGAUAACCACGUCGGAAUCGACAUCAACGGGUUAAGAUCGGUCAAGUACUCGACAGCUGGAUACUGGGACAACAAAAACUCGUUUCAGAAUCUGAACUUGAUCAGCCGCAAACUGAUGCAGGUUUGGAUCAGUUACGACAGUCUCGGUAAUAGAAUCGAUGUCACCAUGUCUCCGUACGGUUCCGACAAGCCUAGUAAACCGCUCGUCACUCACGUAACGGAUCUCUCUUCCGUUCUACUUCAAGACAUGUACGUAGGUUUCGCCUCCGCGACCGGCUCGGUGAUCUCGGAGCAUUACGUCGCCGGAUGGAGUUUCCGGUUAAACGGAGAAGCUCCUCCGCUGACGUCGUCGAACCUCCCGAAGCUUCCUCGCUUCCAGCCGAAGCGAGUCUCGGACUUCUACAAGAUCGGCGCGCCGCUGAUCUCCCUGUUUCUGAUCUUCUCCGUGAUCUCCCUCGCCUUCUACGUGGCGAGGAGGAGGAAGAAGUUUGAGGAAGAGCUCGACGACUGGGAGACGGAGUUCGGCAAGAACCGGUUUAGAUUCAAGGAGCUUUACCACGCGACGAAAGGGUUCAAGGAGAAGGAUCUCCUCGGCUCGGGAGGGUUCGGGAGAGUUUACAGAGGGAUACUCCCCACGUCGAAGCUCGAAGUCGCUGUGAAGAGAGUCUCGCACGACUCGAAACAAGGUAUGAAAGAGUUCGUGGCGGAGAUCGUGAGUAUCGGGAGGAUGAGUCAUCGGAACUUGGUGCCUUUGUUGGGGUACUGUCGUAGGAGAGGAGAGCUUCUUCUCGUUUACGAUUACAUGCCCAACGGGAGCUUGGACAAGUAUCUAUACAACAAUCCGGAGAGGACGUUGGACUGGAGGCAGAGGUGUAAGAUCGUCAAAGGAGUUGCCUCUGGAUUGUUCUAUCUCCACGAGGAGUGGGAACAGGUGGUUAUCCACCGUGACGUGAAAGCUAGUAACGUUUUGUUAGACGCUGACUUCAACGGUAGACUCGGGGAUUUCGGGUUGGCCCGGUUGUAUGAUCACGGGUCGGAUCCUCAGACAACUCACGUCGUUGGUACGUUGGGUUACCUAGCACCUGAACAUUCUCGUACGGGACGCGCCACGACCGCUACCGAUGUCUAUGCGUUUGGCGCGUUUCUUCUAGAAGUUGUUUCGGGUAGGAGACCCAUCGAGCUACACAGCGAGAGCGAUGAUACGUUCUUGCUCGUGGAGUGGGUUUUCGGUUUGUGGGUUAGAGGGAACAUAAUGGAAGCAAAAGAUCCGAAUCUUGGGUGUGAUGAUCGGUACGAUCUCGAAGAGGUUGAAAUGGUUUUGAAGCUCGGUCUGUUGUGUUCUCACUCGGACCCUCGGGCUAGGCCGAGUAUGAGGCUGGUGUUACAGUAUCUGAGAGGAGACGUGAGCUUGCCGGAACUGACGCCGUUGGAUUUGUCGGCGGGGAAUGGGAUGAGCUUGGGAGGGAGAGACGGUUUUAGCGGUAUAGCCAUGUCGUAUUCUUCCUCGGUGUUUAGAGGGUUUACUGGUGUGUCUUCGAUCGCUGAUUCACUACUCUCUGGUGGGAGGUGAUUGAUGAUGUUACAACCACAUUAGCAACGUAUGAUGAUGCUCUUGCUUUAUUUAUUUAUAUUUUUUUAUGAAUGUAUAUACAGUUUUGCGUAGAUGUAAGAUUUUCUUACGAGAACUUUGAUUAUAUAUAAGAUUAUGAUUGUUAUAAAUUGAUGAGAGUUUAAG